GGGGAGAGAGAGGGCGAGAAAUCAGUAUAGACGCAGUAGACAGCACACACAGAGGUAUUAUAUAUAGCUCUCGCUCGCGCACACGUCUGUGUGUCUGGAUUAUAUGCGUCGUCGCUACUGAUGGUGUCUGGUAUACGCUGGUAGUCCAAGCUCGAGCUUGAUUGUGAGCGCGCUCGUCAGCUUGGUGUGGUACAAAACACGCCAUUUUCUUUGUGUGCAGACACAACUCUCUUCGGAGCACACAGUAUAUACCAGGAGUACAAGCAUCGGACAGUAGCAGCUCGACAUCCUCAGCUCGUGGAAUAAUCAAGCUGCCAGCUCCGAUCUGCCUGUCGUCGUCGCUCAUCCGCCCCGUCAACAUCCUCAAAUGAAGUGACAACCUUGUUGAGUCAAAACUAUGAAUUGCUGACUGUCAAUCCUUUCCCAGUUUUGCAAGGAUCACACAUUUUCAUUCCAUAUCAACUCUAAUCGAGUUACGCACGCUCUACUUAAGCUCGGGCAACAAUGGCAUCCCGCAAGAAAGUUUUGCUCAAAGUUAUUAUUCUUGGUGACUCUGGAGUCGGGAAAACAUCUCUGAUGAAUCAAUAUGUAAACAAGAAAUUUAGUAAUCAGUACAAGGCCACGAUUGGAGCUGACUUUUUAACCAAGGAAGUCAUGGUGGAUGAUAGGAUAGUGACUAUGCAAAUCUGGGAUACUGCUGGUCAAGAGAGAUUCCAAUCUCUUGGAGUUGCUUUCUAUAGAGGUGCAGACUGCUGUGUUCUAGUAUUUGAUGUAGCUGCACCAAGUACUUUCAAAUCUUUGGAUUCUUGGAGAGAUGAAUUUUUAAUUCAGGCAUCUCCCCGAGACCCUGACAAUUUCCCUUUUGUUGUCUUGGGAAACAAAGUUGAUUUGGAAAACAGAGCGGUGUCGAGCAAGAGAGCUCAACAGUGGUGUCAGUCCAAAAACAAUAUUCCAUACUUUGAGACCAGUGCAAAAGAGGCAAUCAAUGUAGAACAAGCUUUUCAAACGAUAGCUAAAAACGCGCUAGCCCAAGAAAAUGAGGUUGAACUGUAUAAUGAGUUCCCAGACCAGAUCAAACUUACCAGUGAUCAAAGAAACAACGGAAAAGGUGAUUCUUGUGCUUGCUAGGUACCAAAUCGGAAAGAAUUUUGGGUAAAUACAUGAAACUGCAGAUAAGAUUAUACAUUUUGUAAGAAUCUCUGUGUUAACAUGGCGGAAAAAAGUGCAAGCUGGUCAAGUCUGAAGCAUUUACCUUACUAUUUUCAACCGAGUGUUAAAUAAUAAUCAUAUACUCUAUUAUUUGUGCUUUGAUUUUUUAUAUAUGUUAUAACGUAAUAGGAGGUCGUACUGGUUUAAAAAAGUAUUUUUUCAUACUGGGAGUUGUGGGUUAUCUUCAAAAAUUGCCAUGUCAAGCAAAGUACAAGGAUGUAAAUCUAUGUAUAAAUAUACUCCCACUAAAAAAAGGAUUAUCAAACAUAUAUAUCACCGUAUGCUCUCUUUGUUUGAAAUUUUUAGUGCGUCUAAAUUAUUAAAUAAACAGAAACUAGAUUUCUUUAAAAUGAGUUGCGAAUUUUUACUGUAUUUUAAAGAAAACCUACGUCAAUUGAGUUUUUUAACAGUAAGGUACAAUCAGUCUUGCCCUUGCGUAAAUCAUUGUCGUUGCCGCUAUAUACAUAAGGGACAUGCGGUCAAGUGAGAUUUUUAUUGCGUAAUUUGCAAAAUAUGUAAGGAUCCAAGGUAUAAACAACUUCUAUGCAUGCUGCUGGCAAUUCGUAACUACGUAUAAAAGUGUUUUAUAGAGCAAUGCUCAUAGUAUAUGCUGUAUUAUAAUUAAUUGCAGAAAGCUGAUUUCAAUAUUAAUGUAUAAUUCUAUUCUAUUAUUAUAUAUAUUAUUAUUUUACUGGUAAUACAAAUGGAAGUUGUCAUAAAUUCAAACCUACAGUUAUGUAAUUAUUGUUAUGAUUGAAGUUUUCAAUCGUGCGCUACUUGACCGAUAUGCGUAUUUUUAUUAAUUUAUUGAUGUAAAAGAAGAUGUACUACAAUAUUUUGUUAUACACAAGUAAAUUAUCGACGGUCAUUCGCAAAAACAAAAUGCUACACAAGUAAAAUCGUAGAAAAUUAUUUGAGACACAGUUGUAAUGGUUAGACUGUAAAUUCGUUAUAGGAAAAAUGAAAAGAAGUCUGAACGGAAAAACUCGUUAAAAAAAGGUGUAUAGAUCAUUAUCAUUAGAAUAACAUUAUUUUACAGAAUUAGUUUGCCUAUUGCUGUAAAAUAAGUUAUAUCUUUCCAUCAAACAAAAAUGCUAUUGUUGAGGAUUCCAAAAAUUAUUUCAAUGUUUAAUUUAUAUAAAAAAAAAAUCCUUCGAGAUCCAGGUUUGCUGGUAAUUGUAAAACUGUUGCUCUUAGAGGUUCGGCACGAUACCGUUUGAUUAGAUCCUUAUAGAGCGGUUGCAGUAUAUCGUUUCUAAAAAUAUUUUAUUGAUAAAUAAAUAUAAAAUUAAAAUGA